CACUCUCUUUUCGGGGGGCCCGCAGGGAGGCUCCAGCCUCGGCGUGCCUAAUCGGGUAGCGAGCCGUCACUCAAAAGGGCGAGACGUCAGAGCCAAUAUUUAGUUUGGAAAGCAGGCAGGCUCCAAGAUAAACGGUACUGUUAGCGAGCCAGAGAAGACAAAGGGUAAGCCUCUUAGCAGAAGAAACUGCAGAGCUAGACUGAGGGGAAGGCAGGCAGGAUGAAGACAACAGCCCUCGCACUGUUUAUGGGAGCUCUUCUCUCCCUCGCCUCCACCCAGCAGGCCGAUCUGGAGGAGCCCACCCCCGAGGAGGAAGAGGAAGUGGAGAUGUUCACCACCCCCGCCACUCAGAUGGCAGCUGCCGCCUCCAACUUCGGCUUCAACCUGUACCGCCAGCUGGCGUACCGAGACCCUCAGGCCAACGUGUUCCUGUCUCCCCUUAGCAUCGCCAGCGCGCUUACACAGCUGUCUCUGGGUGGCUCCCCCAGGACGGAGCAGCAGCUCUACAGAGUGCUCCAAUACCACCACCUGAUGGACCCCCAGCUGCACAGCACUCUGAAAAACCUGCUGGCCAGCGUCAACACACCCAGCAAGGGCCUGAGCAUGGCUUCACGAGUCUACAUCAACAGGAAGCUGCGUCUGAAGGUGGAUUACCUGAACGCGGUGGAGAAGGAAUACGGCGUGCGGCCCAAGGCACUGAUCGGCAGCCCCCAUGCCGACCUGAAGGAGGUGAACGACUGGGUGCGCCAGCAGACGGGAGGGAAGAUCUCCCAUUUCCUGUCCGCGAGCCUCCCGCGCAGCACGGGCGUCCUGCCGCUGGGUGCCGCGCACUUCAGAGGUCAGUGGGUCAGUCGGCUCCAGAAAGGGAGACCAGAGCCCUUCCAGGUGGACAGCUUGACCUCAAUUCAAGUGCCCAUGAUGAGCGAGACCAACUACCCGGUGAAGCUGGGCAUCGAGAGUGACCUCAACUGCAAGAUCACCCAGGUGCCGAUGCAGGGUGAUGUCAGCAUACUGCUGUUCCUUCCCAAUGAAGUGAGUCAGAACCUGACCCUGAUUGAGGACAGCUUGACUGCUGAGUUCAUCCACGACGUGGUCAGCGUGCUGCAGCCUGUGGACAUGGACCUGUCCCUGCCUGUGCUCAGCCUGAGCUCUGAGAAUGACCUGCUCCCACAGCUCCUCGAUAUGGGACUGGCCCAGUUGGCGUCGCAGCCGGAGCUGGUGAAGAUCUCUGCCCAGCCUGGCAAGGUUUCCAGCGUGCAUCACAAGGUGUCCCUUGAGGUGAUGGAGGAAGGGGGUCAGGCCGUGAGAAGCAGCCCCUCUGAGAGCGGUCAGUCCUUAGCUCUGUCCUUUCACGUGAACCGCCCCUUCAUCUUCCUGGUGCGGGACGACACUUCGGGAGCCAUCCUGUUCAUCGGCAGGGUCAUGGACCCCCGCAAGAUCAAGAGCAACUGAGACCCCGACACACAAACCCAGUGCGUGCACAACAGCAGCUACACAGCUUCACAUCAACACAUUUACUGAGGCACAACACACAGAGGUACAGUUGCAACACGUUGACAUUAUUGCUUUUAGUAAACAUACUGUAUGAAGUUUCUGCUCCACUCUGCCCUUCUUUGAAAACCCUGCUUUUUGAACAUGCAGCUCUUCCUUCCUGUCUGCAAAGCUGGCUUCUGGGACUCAUGAAACGCUGUGGCCAUACACACCAAUCUGUUUCACACGCACAUACAUUAAGACAAAACAGAUAGAUAUAUAUUAUGCACAAGUAUUGCUAAAGGUUUUUUUUUUUUUUUGUACAUUGGGUAUAAGUAUAUAUUUUUCUCUCUAAAUACCCCUCUCCUUCUCACGAAAUGACUCCCGCCUAUUGGAGUCGCCAACUAUUGAUUAUUUGGUUAAACUGUUUUUGGUUUUUUUUCCCCCUCAAAUAAAAAAAAAAUUAAGAAAAGGAUUAAACCCUGCUGAAAGUUCUUCUAAACUAAGAUGAAAUAAGGAUUGGCUGCUGUGUUCUUGUUAACUGGCAUUUUGUAAGAGUUCCUAAUAAAGAAGCAGGGUCCUUUGUA